AUGGUUCUGCGUCGUUACUUAAAAUACUUAUUACCUAUAGCAACUAUUAUUUGUCUUAAUUUUAUUGUUAUUAUUUAUGUAACAGAAUUCUUAAAUUUGACUUCAUUAUUCUCAAUAUCAGAUAAUACAACUUCUACAAAUCCUACUCAUCUUCUAUUGAUAACUCCAAGAAAUAGUUGUCGUCAAUUCACUGUGUCUGAUAAUCGUCCAUUUUUCGAACGUGAAUAUCCUCAGUUAAAUUUACCUCGACGACUAUCAAAUUUGUCAUAUGCAAAUAAUCUUCAUCAACUUCAUUCUCUUCGAUUAAUGGUUAUAGCUUGUGCACGUAAUAUUGAAUCUUAUAUUGAUAAAUAUCGGAGUCAUAUUGAACCAAUUCUUGAUCUUUUUCAUCCAUCAUCUCGUAUUCUUAUUUUGGAAAGUGAUUCAAAUGAUAAAACAGUAGAAAAACUUUAUCAAUUGUCUCGUGCACAAGUUUAUGCAUAUGCAAAGAUGUCAGGAAUCUAUCCAGAUCGUACUAAUCGUCUUGCUUUUUGUCGUAAUGUCCUACUUGAUAAAGCACAUGAUUUAAAAGCUGAUUAUAUUUUUGUUACUGAUCCAGAUAUAUUUGCAGUUAAAAUCUCUUCUUUUCUUUCAAAUUUUCAAUAUAAUAUAAAUGAUUGGUCAGUAAUGACAACAUCAACGAAUGGUUUAUAUUAUGAUAUUUGGGCGUUACGUACAUUAUCUGAUUCAGUUAUGAAUUAUGAUGUAUGGCAUCGAAUAUGCGAAUUAAUAAAUCCUGAAAAUAAUUAUUGUUAUCAAUCAGCUACUAACCUAAUUAUUGGUAUUCAUCAAAAACAUAUUCCAAUCGAAUAUGGUUUAAUUGAAGUACGAUCAGCUUUUGGUGGUGCUGGAUUAUAUAGAGCAAAAUCAACAUAUAAAUGUAAAUAUAAUGGUGAAAAUUCUACCUGCGAACAUGUACCAUUUCAUUUAUGUGUACGAGAGAAGAAUCAAGCAAGAAUAUUUAUUAAUUCUCAAUUUCAGAUUGAUUAA